AUGUUGUCAUUCCUGCGGUUCGCCGGCCAAGCGCACCGACAUUGGUCCUCCCCGCUCACCCAGGUGCACCGGCUGUGGUCGUCCUCACUUCUCCACGUCUGGCGAAAUCCCACUGUGUCCCUCCAAUCCCGUCUCUUCCACCCUUCCCACCCGGCCGCCGUCACGCUCAACCAGGCGACUAGACGGAAAGCUCCCAAAAAAGUCAGACCACCAAAGUCGCCGCUGCUUUUCGGGAACACGCAAAAGAAGGGCGUCGUCACCAGCAUCUAUGUCCUGAAGCCGAAGAAGCCUAACUCUGCCAAGCGGAAGGUCUGCCGUGUGAGGCUGAACACGGGCAAGACAAUUCAGGCAUAUCUCCCUGGAGAAGGGCAUCGUCUGCAGGAGCAUAAUGUGGUCCUGGUAAGGGGUGGUCGUACACAGGAUCUUCCAGGUGUGCGGUAUAAGGUGGUCCGAGGAGCGCUUGACUUUGGGCCUGUGGUGAACAGGACGUCCUCGCGAAGUAAAUAUGGCGCCAAGAAGCCAAAACAAUAA